AUCACUAUGGGCAAUGACCAAAGCAUGCCCACACCAGCUUCGUUGCUGGACGACUUCCAACGCGGAGCCGAUCAAGGACAAGCUUUCGGUGGACCUACGUUCUUCCAAGAUAACGCGCGAGCCAAUGAGCUCAAGGACGAGGCGAAUGCUCUAUUCAGGGCCCGGGACUUUGACGGGGCGCUUGCGGCCUACACAGACAUCAUCAAUACCUACGACGACCGCGUUAUGAUUGACACCAUCCGAACAAUACGCUGCAACCGGGCAGCGUGUUUUCUGAAUCUGGGCGACCAGCGAUUUGACAGCAAUGCAACUGCUACAACGAAAGAUGAGGCGAGGAGGCUGAAUGCGGCCGCGGCAGAAGCGUACCAGGGAUGUGUGGACGACUGCAACAUCGUUGUCUUGUUUUUGGGCUCGGAGAGUGUGACAGAGAAAGCGAAACUCAGGCGAAAACUGGCAACAAAGGGGUUAAACGACAUCGACGCGCUGCGCAAGGCUGCAGAUCCCACCUACCCGGGACGACCGAAGUACGAUGUGGAUGAACGACGAAGACAGCAAAUGCAGGAGAGCAGCGCUCUGGCAGCCAAAUUCGUUGACAAAACUGUCCGCGAGGAACAUCGCCCCUUUGAAUACGCCGUCCGUCGGGAGUAUGAUGACGAAGAAUACGUUUCAAUGCGGGAUAUGGUCCCAAUCAGCCUUAUGCGAGGGCCAAGAAGCGAAGAAGAAAAAGACUCGUUUGACGCCAAGCUAGGCGCGUUCGUUCGCAAAAUCGUCACAGCUCACGAGCCCGAACUCAUGUCGACAUCGGACUGGAAGUGUUUUGUUUGCAACGAGAAAGCGACCACCUGGCUGCAUGCCCCUAUCGCAAACUUGGAGUCGUUUUACCCAAUCAUCAACGACUAUGGCCGGCCGAUAUGCCACAAGCGUGGUCGCUGUGCAGAAACUGCAAAAACAGAUAUGAAGAAAGAACAAGUAACCAUGAUGGAGGAAGGAGUUUGGAUUGAGACGCAUGAGGAUCAGUAG